CAGUAGCGGGCGGCGGGAGGUGCGUUGAGCGCAUGCGUCUGUGGCAACCUAGAAAGGGGCUGCUGGCGGGCCGAGUCGAAGACAUGGAGCAAGGCUACGGAGGCUAUGGGACGUGGAGUGCUGGACCCACCAACACCCAGGGUACAUAUGGAACUGGUGUGGCCAGCUGGCAAGGUUAUGAAAACUAUAAUUAUUACAGUGCCCAGAACACCAGCGUCAGCUCAGGAGCAACCUAUAGCUAUGGCCCAGCCUCCUGGGAGGUCACCAAGGCCAGUGAUGGCUUGGCAGCUGGGGGCCCUGGCUUGCACAUGACUUCUUAUGGCCCAGAGUCCUGCACCGACAAUUCCGACUCCCUCAUUGCCAAGAUCAACCAGCGAUUGGACAUGAUGUCCAAGGAAGGAGGCAGGGGCGGGAGCAGCAGCGGUGGGGAGGGCAUGCAGGACCGGGAGAGCUCUUUCCGAUUCCAGUCCUACGACUCCUACGACUCCAGGCCUUGCCUGCCUGAACACAAUCCCUACCGCCCCAGCUACAACUAUGAUUAUGACUUCGACAUGGGGCCUGACCGAAAUGGUGGCUUUGGUGGUCAGUACAGCGACUGCCGGGAUGCAACCCGAGAGCGGGGUUCCCUUGAUGGCUUUAUUAGAGGCCGGGGCCAGGGCCAGGGCCGCUUUCAGGAUCGGAGCAACCCUGGCACCUUCAUGCGCGGUGAUCCCUUCAUGCCACCAGUGGCCUCCUCUGAGCCCCUGUCUGCUCCCUGGACUGAGAUGAACUAUGUAGGUGGACGGGGCCUGGGAGGACCCUCCCCUAGCAGACCUCCACCUUCCCUCUUCUCCCAGUCCAUGGCCCCGGAUUUUGGCCUGAUGGGCAUGCAGAGUACGGGUGGUUAUGACAACUCUGUGCCCUAUGGAUGUGGCCGGUCACAGGCCCGGAUGAGGGAUCGGCCCAGGAGAAGAGGGUUUGACCGCUUCGGCCCAGAUGGAAUGGGCAGGAAACGGAAGCAGAUGCAGAUUUAUGAUGAACCAGACACCAAACAGGCCCGGGCUGACAGCGAAGGAGAUUUUUCUGAAAACGAUGAUGGAGCUGGCGACUUCCGUUCAGGAGAUGAAGAAUUCAGGGGUGAGGAUGAAUUCUGCGACUCUGUGAGACAGAGAGGAGAGAAAGAUGAUGAGGAUGAUGAAGUGAAAAAGAGAAGAGAAAAGCAGAGGAGGAGAGACAGGAUGAGAGACCGAGCAGCUGACAGGAUUCAGUUUGCCUGUUCUGUGUGCAAGUUUCGUAGUUUUGAAGAUGAAGAAAUUCAGAAGCAUCUGCAAAGUAAAUUUCACAAAGAGACACUAAGGUUUAUAAGUACAAAAUUGCCUGAUAAGACCGUGGAGUUCCUCCAGGAAUACAUUGUAAACAGGAAUAAGAAAAUUGAGAAACGGCGUCAGGAAUUGAUGGAGAAGGAAAGCAUGAAACCCAAAUCAGAUCCUUUCAAAGGGAUUGGCCAGGAGCACUUCUUCAAGAAGAUAGAGGCUGCUCACUGCCUGGCUUGUGACAUGCUGAUUCCUGCACAGCCCCAGCUCCUCCAACGGCACCUACACUCUGUUGACCACAAUCACAACCGUCGUUUGGCUGCUGAACAGUUCAAGAAAACAAGCCUCCAUGUGGCGAAGAGUGUUUUGAACAACAGACAUAUUGUGAAGAUGCUGGAAAAAUACCUCAAGGGCGAAGACCCUUUCACCAGCGAAGCCGUUGACCCAGAAAUUGAAGGAGAUGAGAAUUUAGGAGGUGAUGAUAAAGAAGAGACGCCUGAGGAGGUGGCUGCAGAAGUUUUAGCUGAGGUGAUUACAGCAGCAGUGAGAGCAGUAGAUGGGGAAGGAGCGCCCAUUCCAGAGAAUAGUGAAGCACCGACUAAAGGGGAAGACACCAUGGACACAGUGGAAGCCACUGGUGGUCCCCACCCUGAACAGCUGCUGGAAGCAGAGACGCCCUGUGAAGUGGCAUCUGAGAAGGGGAACGCUGAAGCAGAGGAAGGAGGUAAGGCAGGAGGUGAAGUAGCCCAAGCUGAAAGUCAAGCUGCCAAGAUUGAAGGUGAAUCUGCUGAAGUUGGAUGUGAAGUGGAAACCCUGACAGCAGAGGCAGAAAGCACUGUAAUAGUCAAUGCUGCUCCACAAGCUGCCAUGGAUGCUGAAGUGGAACAAAUGGAUGCAGAGUCCAAAGAUGUUAUUCCCACAGAAUGAGCCUCUUCUCCAUUUUAAGGGGUGUGUUAUAUAAUGUAUUGCUCUUCUUUGGUUUGUAAGCAGUACUAGGGUGUGUGUUACUGGAAUAUACUGAAAACUUAUUUUAGUAAAGAGACCCAGCCUUUUCCUUUAUGAAAGUGUACCUCAUGGGCUUGUCUUACAGAGUUGUGUGGCUUUCUGCCUUGGUUUGAAGGCUGCAGAAGUUGUACAUUCCCCAAAGCAACUGUGAUGAAUGUGACAUCUUUUUACACUGCAGUUGGAAUAAUAAAAAUUGGGUAAUUCUGUUUUGAUGAUACUUUGCUUGUUAAAUACAGCCACUAACUAACUGCCCUCUGCCCCCCUUUUUUAAUUUUUUUUUUUUUUUUUUUUUUUUUUUUUUUGGUCUGGGAGCAGCUCAGUACUAGAACAUAUCUUGCUUUAUAAAGGAUUUUUUGUUUUUAAGUUUCAAGAAUUUGCUUUGACUUCAGUUUUUGAUUUCUGUUUUUGUAGCAUACUGUAUGGUGUGUGAUCCUCACAAAAUGUAGCAGAUUCUUGUUAACGUGUGAUACUAGCUUUCUCACAUCAGUGAACUCAGAGACCUGAUGCAUCUGAGAUAACCUGCACCACUGGAAGCACACCCACUUGCCCCUCAAGAAUGAGGAAACUGCCUAGGGCUUUGUUUCCCAAUUUUUAGUCCUUAGUGAAUCACCUUUAUAAUUUUUUACCUCAUCUGUCUUCCACCUCUGCAUUACUUCAGGUUUUUUUUUUUCCUUUAAAAUUGAGUUACUAUUUCUACUUAAAUGUAUUUAAAAAGAAAACUUGAUGUUACUCUCAUAAAUGGAAAACCAAUAAAUAUUGCCAUAGGCAGACACUAGCUGUAAAAAAAAAAUAUAUAAUGAAAUAAACAUUUUAGGUAAAUAACUAUUCCUUUGGAGGUUUCUGAAUCUGAGAAAGGAAAGCUAGCAUGUGUAAAAGGGUAGCGAGCAACGUUUAUACUAGCAUAUAAUCAAAAGAAUUAGAAGAAACCUCCCGUUUGAAAUGAUGUUGCUGGGCCUGUUAUCCCUUUAAAACUUGACUGUCAUAUUUUGGGAAGCACUGCUUGUGGAAUUAGAAAAAGGUCGUUAAAGUAUAUGAUGAGCAUCUACUGUGUACCAGGUGCUAAUCCAUGAUACAAAGGAGAUAUGGGCACUGCUCUCAAGGAGUCUUCUUAGAGAUGUGAAACGAAUAUUUAUGAAAAAGUCAAUACUAGAACUAAAAUCAAAUAAAUGCGCAAUAAGCAAAAGAAAAAAAAUGGUGCCUCUGAAUCAUUUCUGCUCAUCAUUACUCAGUUCUACUUAGAUAUGGCUUAGUCACAGUUUGAGAAUGCACCUUAAAGCUUGUUCUCUUAAGGGAAAAAUGUUGAUGGUGUUGAACAUCAGUAGCUUGAAAAAGGGUAACAAAAAUCUAAUUUUUUUUCUUUUAAGGCCUCCCUGGUGGCCUGGGGAUUAAGUCUCAGGGCUGUCACCAGUAUGGCCUGAGUUCAGUCCCCGGCCAGGGAGCUAACCCACAUGGUGCAGCAGACCUCUCCUGUCUGGCCUACUGCUCCCCUCAGCAGUGUAUUUCAGUAGAUCCACCUGUUCUGCUUUCCAUUGUAUCUCUGGUGAAUCCUCUCCCCCCAAUUAUAUGGAAAAAAAAAAUUAUAACACAAAAAGUCAUUAAAUCCAUAAUUAGUAGGGCUUUUCCACCUCCCACCCCUUGUGAAAUGACAUGAAUUAUUUAUUCCUAAAUUUUGGUUAAGCUAGGCCUUUAUCCCCUAAAAUGGGAGUAACUACUUGGAUUACAUAAACAGGAUGUCACAAUUUCAAGUUUCCUCAUUGAGAACUAAUAUUUAUCAGUUCCCAUUGUAGGGAGGAAACUGAGGAGGGAAGGAGGUUAAGUUACUUUUAGUUAGGGUCUUAUGGAAGAUGUGGGAUUACCCAAAUUCAUACACAGGACUGUGAGAUACAAAUGGCCUGAACUUUCCAUGGAUCACCGUUAUUUUUGUUUUAUAUUUACUUUUGUAUACAAGAACUGGAGUGUAGGCCAGAGGUGUAGGUGGGCGAGAAGAUUCACCAGAGACAGAAUGGGGAGCAGGACUGGCAGAUUAACUGAAAUACACUGCUGAAGGUAGAAGCAGGCAAAACAGGAGAGGUCUGCUGCACCAUAUAUGGGUCAGUUCCCUGGCCAGGAACCAAUCUGAGGCCAUAGUGAUGAUAGCGCUGAGACUUAACCCUUAGGCCACCAGGAAGGCCCCCUGGAUCAUCCCUAUUAAAGACAGGUUUAAAGAAGUUGCUAUUCCCAGGCCAAAAAAAAAAAAAUUGUAAGAGUAAGAGCUUAAUUUCAAGUUUAUAUAAUCAUGGGGUCUGUGUGAUUUCUAUGAAAUAGUUGUUAAAGGGGAAACAAUACCAUGUAAAGAGCAAAGGGCUCAUUCAAGGGUAUGUGGUUAUUAUUAUUACUAAAAUUGGCUUUCACUGCCUGAAGACCUGAUGAAAGUGGUCCUUGCUUACUAGAAGUAUGGCCAGUAGUGAUUAGACUGUAUAGAGUUUUAAUUUUUCAUGGAAUUUUAGAACUACCAUAAUAGCAUAGAACUUUUUAGCAUUUGUUUUUACAGAAACCACCUUGGCAAGCUCAAUGCAAAGAUGGAUGUGGAAAAGCACACAUCCAAUAAUGGACAUUUGGUUUCCACCUGUUGGCUAUUGUGAAUUAUCCUAUUAGCAACAUUCUUGAAUAAAUAUUUGAGUACCUGUUUUCAAUUCUUUUGAUACUACCUAAGAGUGAGUUGUUGGGUCAUGGUAAUUCUGUGUUUAAAUUUUUAACUUUAUUUCAGUGCAUAGAAGAACUGGGGUAUAGGCCCAAUGUGCAGGGCAUGAGUGGAUUCAGCAGAGAGAGUGGGGAGCAGAAUAGGCAGAUCUACUGAGAUACACCGCUGAGGGGAGCAGGGGGCGAGACAGGAAAAGUCUGCUGACUGUGGUUUAGCUCUCUGGAGAUCGAACUCAUGCCACAGUGGCUGGCAGUAGCUUGAUAGCACUGAGACUUUAACCCCUGCGCCACCAGGAGGCCCCUGUGUUUAAAUUUUUGAGGAACCACCAAACUCUUUAACCACAACUGUACUAUUUUACAUUCCCAUCAGCAAUGUACAAGAGUUCUAAUACUUAGCAAUCUUACCAAUACUUAAUUCACAUUUUUCAAAUCUAGACAUCCAUGUGGGUAUGAAGUGGUAUCUCAUGAUUUUACCUGCAUUUUUCCAAUAAAUACUGAUAUUAUGUGCCUAUUCACCAUUUGUUUAUCUUUGGAGAUAGAGAAAUGUCUUUUCAAAUUGUUUGGUCUUUUAAUUGGGUUGUCUCUUGUUGAAUUGUAGGAGUUCUUUGUACAUUUUGGAUACUAGGCAUGUAUUGGAUUUGUGAUUAUUUUCCCACACUCUGUGAGUUGUCUUCACACUCUAGUUUUGUGUAGGAGUGAUACAGGGCAGCAAGGGGCACUAAAAUUGGCCAAGGACACUGCACAAGUAGUUUAUGGGUCACUGUCAGUUUUUCACCCUGUCUGAGCUUUCCACUUGUGCACACAAUUGCAAGACUAAUCAGGUUCAGAGAACAAUAAUGUGAUUUAUUUAACAAACCAGGGAAAAACAAAGAGUUACUGAGGCCAAAAAUGGCUGUUUACCUCACCCAAAGCAGUGUCGAGCGCUUUUAAAGUCCUAAACACAAACAUUCCAAAAAUGGUGUCGUCCCACCACUAAGGACACAGAGCUCCUCUACUGAACAAUAGGCCACACUCACAAGGUGGCAUCUUCCUGCCACUGUGGACCUGAAGCACGCAGCAGCCAGGCUAUAGGCCAGGAUCCAACUCAUGAAGACCCAGAGGAUACAACAGGAGAUGCUCCCAGAGCUACCAAGAUGCCCCACCACAGCACCAGACAAACACUCAAAACAGCAAUUGCAGCAGCUUAAUGACCCCACAAAACGGCCAUACUCACGCACCUCAGCAAGGUGCCCAGCUCUGGGUCUUUGCCUUCCCUGCCAGGCUGUUACGGCAGCAAACUGGAACAGUGUCAGUUACUUGGCUACCUGCAAAGCCUCCGAAAUUUUCCUCUCUGAGGUUGGCUGCUGGAAGCCUCCCCGCAUUCUUCAGAAGUCUACAACAGCCUUCUGGAAGAUCAGCAUGGUGGGGCCUGACCCCAGAAUCGCUGAAGAUCCAAAAACGCUAAAUCCCGAACACUGAAUGCUCACACGCUAAAUCCUGAACACCAAAUGUUCAAACGCUGACUCCCGAACACCUAAUGCUCAAACGCUGAAUCCAGAACGCUGAAUGCUGGAGGCUGCCUCUGCAGUCCCUUAUAUUUCUUAUCAGAGUCUCUACCCCAAAAUGUGAUACGUUGUUCGCAUUUUCCUGGGGCUGUCUAUCCUCACCAGCACCCCCAGGGUGCACCACCUGUAACUGUCUCUGGCUUCAGCCACCAGUUACAGGAGAACUGGUAUAGGCCAGAGAUGGGGGUGGGGGGAGUAAUAGGAUUCACCAGAGACAGAGUGGGGAGCAGAACAGGUGGAUUUACUGAAAUACACUGCUGAGGGGAGUAGGAAACGAGACAAGAAGUCUGCUUGUGCCACGUGGGUUAGCUCCUUGGCCAAGGAUGGAACUCAAACCAUCACAGUGGGCCAUCAUUGGGAUAGUGCUGAGAUUUAACCCCUAGGCCACCAGGGAGGCCCCAAAUUUUUCUUUUGUUGCUUUUACUUUUGGUGUUAAAGGUAAGAACCCAUUUGUAAAUCCAAGUCAUGAUAAUUUGCUCCUGUUUUCUUCUAAGGGUUUUAUGGUUUUAGUUUUUUUUUUAGAUCUGUGAUCCAUUUUUAGUUUAUCCUUGUAUAUGGUAUAUGGUAAAUUUCAAUUUUAUUGUAUCCUAUGUAAAUAAUCAGUUAUCUCAGCACCAUUUGUUGAAGAGACUCUUCUUGCCCCUAUUGAAUGAUCUUGGUACCCUUGUCAAAAAUCAAUUGACCAUAGCUACAUGGGUUUAUUUUGGACUGUCAAUCUAUUCCAUACCAGUACCACUGCAGCUUAUGCCAGGUAAGAGGUGGAAUCAGAAGUGUGAGUUUGGGGCCUCCCUGGUGGCACAAGGGGUUAAGACACAGCACUGUGAAGCUCCCCACAGCCACUGCAGCACGAGUUCGAUCCCAGGCCAGCCAGGGAGCCAUCCACAUGGCGCAGCAGACCUUUCCUGUCUCGCCCACUACUCCCCUCAGCAGUGUAUUUCAGUCAGUCUUCCUGUUCUGUUCCCCACUAUGUCUCUGGUGAAUCCUCUCACCUCCCCACUCCUCUGGCCUGUAUCCCAGUUCUUGUAUGCCUAAAUAAAUCUUUUUUUUAAAAAGUAUGGGGCCUCCCCUCGUGGUGCAGCGGUUGAGCGCUGGACUAUGAGGCUGCCCAUGGCCUCUGCAGCGCUGGUUCGUUCCCCGGCCGCUGGCGAGGGUCCCACAAAAAAUAAAUAAAUAAAGUAUGAGUUACCCAACUUUGCCAAUCUUUUUCAAAACCGUUUUGGUUAUUCUGGGUCCCUUGGGUUUCCGUAUUAUCAAUUUCUAUGAAGAAAUCAGUUUGUAUUCUAAUGGGUAUAAUAUUGACCAUAUGGAUGAGCUUAGAGAGUAUUAACAUCUGUGUAAUAUUAAGCCAUCCUAGUAAUAAAUAUGGAUUUCUUUUCACUUUUUUUUUUUAAGAUUGAUUUAUUUAUGCAUACAAGAGCUGGGUACAGGCCACAGGUGCAGGUGGGUGGUGAGAGGAUUCACCAGAGACAGUGGGGAGCAGAACAGGCGGAUCUACUGAAAUACGCUGCUGAGAGGAGCAGCAGGUGAGACAGGAGAGGUCUGCUAUACCAUGUGUGUCACCCCCUGGAUGGGAAUCGAACUUGUGCUGCAGUGGCUGCAGAUAGCUUCAUAGUACUGAGACUUAACCUCUUGCACCACCAAGGAGGCUCCUUUUUAAGUAUUUUCUUUUGAUGUUGUUAUAGAUGGAAUUAUUACUUUCAUUUUUGGAUUAUUGGUUUUUGUGUGAUCUUACAUCCUACAAAUUUGUUCAACUAAUUAGCUGGAAUAGACUUUGUGAUGGAAUAGAUUUUAUUUAGGAUUUCCUAUAUGUAAGAUUAUGGCAUCUGUAAACAGAAAUUGUUUUCAGGACCUCUUG